AUGGCACCUCCAACUUUCGAAAGGUUCGCCGACCUCCCCGCCGAGCUCCGAUUAAAGAUCUGGAACGAGGCGUUAGCGGGUCCCUCGAUGCAUGUCUUUGACGUUUGUUUCUACUCCUGGCGCGGCAGUGAUCGAAGCAAGCGCGCGUUUCAAGACUCCAAUGGCAACAUUCCAGAACCUAAGCAGAGCCGGUGGAAAAAGUACGAUCAAUGCGCUUUCCUUGACACUCUUGAGGCGGGGGCUACAGAGCUGGCGCGCAGCACGCAGGUCGCCAGGCAUGCACACGAUCCAAGCGUAUAUAGGCUCCGUCAGGCGCAGCGUUCGACGUCUGUAGAGGCGGCGGCAGCUGUGGCGGGGCCCGCGAGACGGCGGCAGCCGAAUACCAAUACCGUCUACCUGCCUGGCCGGGACGAGAAGGUGGUAUACGACAAUGACAAGGACGUGUUGUUUUUGAGGUUUAGGGAUGGGGGCGCGUUAUCAGAGUUGACCCAAGGUGUACUCUUUGGGGAAUAUGAUACCGUCGGGCCGAGCAAUCUCAGUCAGAUACUCGAAGGCCCUUGGUGCGCCGAGAUGGCUUCGACAUUACACGGUGCAAAACACAUUGCGCUUGAUGUUGCCGAGACUUGGACCACCGCUACUGUUGGAGCUGUGAUGCUUGAAGAAGUGGCAUAUUUAGGAUGCUGUCUGCAGCAUGAUUUGCGGGUGUUGUACUUGGUCGACCAUUGUCCCGGUCGUUGUACGCGUUGUAACCGGCAGGAUAAAAGAACGGCGCAGCUUCAGUCCCGUGGGGAUCUGUACCGACGACUACACAGUACAGCCGCCGAGGAGGCAAUGACGAGAGAACCGGAUGUGAUAUGGGGGGUGGGCAAGACCUAUCGCGAGGUGUUCGACUUUGAGGGUCUCGGCUGGUCUGACGCCCAUCCCAGUUAUGUUUUCGCUAGGGCCAUGGAAGAGACGAUCAGAAGCCAGCAGGCCGAUGCAAAGGCGGAAGUUUUCCAGGGUGUGAGGGUCUUGGUCGUGGAAGACGAGAACGUGGAUGGAUUAGACACGACCACGUUGAUGGACUGCAAUCCAGAAAACAUCUCAAAUAGGGACAGGGUAUGGGAGAUGAGCUUGCGAUGGUCGAGCUAG